UUUUCCAACUCAGAAGCUUCUCUCAAAUUACUCUAAAGCUAUUUCCAGCUGACUUAGCUAGUUUUUGUUUUUGAAAAGAUUCCAAAAUUUUGACAAAAUGUUUUCGGAGACGCUGCGCCCCAAGACACAAUUCAUACCGAAAUGCGAUUGCCACAAGCCGGGUUUUCCGGACUGUGGGGAUUUGAAUGAUAAAAUGCGGGCCGAGUAUCGUCGGUUGGACAUCGAUGAUGUCACGGAUAGUGUCAUGAAGGUGAUGCGAAUUUGUGGCCUCAAGCCAUGGGAAGUCAAGCUUGCGGCCAGUGUCAUCAGAAGAUCCUUUACGUACUUUGAGGAGAUUGUGGAAAAGAUUGACCGGGUGCCACGCAAGCGCUUUGGCAAGGAGAGUUUCCUCCAUGGACUGGCCCAUGUGGCGCAUAUGUCACGCAUUGACGCACAGAUGGCUUUUGCUAUAACUAAGCGAGCCUUCAAGGCCUUCUACUACGGCACGGGCGUUGAAGGACGACGCUUUGCCUGCCUUCAGGCGAAACUGUUGCACGGAGAAGAGUGCAUGUGGUUGCAUGCUGCCCAUCGCACGGCGGAGAUUCAUGCCGUUCUUGCCGGUCUGAUGGACUCCGAGAAGCGGCUAUUCGAGGAGCGAAUAGAGUGUGUCUACAAGACUCUCGUUGAUGUAUUGAAGUCACGCAUCCUCUGGGAGAACGAUAUGGUCUGCAGCUGCGGCCAGCUUUCGGCACCUCCCUCACGGACCAUCAAUAUUGGGAAGGCCGUCUCGCAGGCCGACUCCGUCUACAGCGCCGAGAUAGAGCUGCUCUACCACAAGGAGAUGAAAGGCGUGAGCAGUGCCCCCUCAAGGUCCUCUCCAAGGACACCGACUGCGAAUCAAUCGAAGGAUAUAAGCACUGCGUCUUCGCGGCACAACCAUGGCCUGAAAAAGGGCAACCAGACGUUGCCCAUUAAUCCGAUUUCAGUGGAGCCGAGUGCCAUCACUUCGUUGGACCAUCCGCAUUGCAAAUGUCCCAAGCUUCGGUGUUGGCAGGAGAACGGGGAGUCCAGGGAGGCACCGGAAAUUACGGCAGAGUGCAGCCAGGGUCCAUACAUCUGCCGAUGGCUACCCUACGACGGCGAGGAGGAUCAGGGAACCGAGCAUCGCGUUCCCUAUCCGCCAAUGGACGACAUCUGUCCGCCCUGCCCCUCGGACGAUAUUCCCUGCGAUCCGGAGUGUACCUGCACCUGCGAUGUCUGCACCUGCCGACCGGCCUACGACGACGACUUCGAGGAGGAGCAUUUGGGUGAGAAGCUGUCCAAGAGCGGAAUUGAGGACCAUGAUACAGACUUUUGUUGGGUGGGACCAUUCCAUGGCAGUAGUGUCGAGCGGUUGGCUCGGAAGAGGGCCAGGGAAGAGAUGCUCAGGGCGGAGGCUGAGUUUGAGGAGGAACAGGAGGAGGAAGAGUUCCCAUGCGACUGCACCUGUGAGAUCAAGCAGCGGGCCUUCCCGCAUCUCUUCACCUAUCUGACGGACUUCAAGGACAAGCAACGGGUCGUGGAGGAGCCCAAGCCAGAGCUGGAGACGCAGCCAAAGGUGGAGGACACAGAGAGCGAGGACCUACUCUCCAAGCCUCCGCCCUAUGGCGUCACCCUGGACACCUACCGAUGCUGGGUUAAGCCCACCUCCUCGGAAAGCGAGUCCAAAGAGUCAGAUGAGGAAAAAAAGAAGCCUCCUCUCGUGUGGGUCCUGGCAAAUAAACCCAAACCCAAGCCCGAUAUCCAGAUCACCAUUAAGAAACAGCAUGUAGAGAACACCCAGGUAGCACCUCCUCCAGUAGCUGCACCUCUGCCCAAGGCUCCUGUUCUGCCCACCAAACCCGCUCCCACUCCUGCGCCUAGUAAGCCCCCUCUGGCUCCCCAAAAACAGGAUGAAAAGGAUGAAAAACUGACCAAGGAGGAUAUCCUUGACAUCAUUGGCUUGAGAUUUAAGCAGAAAAAGUAACUAAAUUGAUUAGCUUUAACUGGAAGCUGUGUAUGUUUAUGUAUAAAUUGGAAAUAUAAUUGCAUUUAAUGUGAGUAAA